CUGUAGACCGUUUUAGUAUGGUUUGGUCUGGUCCAUGGUCUGUAUUAUUUUAUGUUUUGAUCUCUUGGUCUGAUCUGGUCUAGACCGCGGUUUACCGGACCAAACCGUGUACCCAACCGACUUGUCAAUACGUGUUAAUAGCCCAUUCGAUCACUCUCCCAACUCCCACAAUGACACCCAAGUCUCAACCUUAAUUUUGAGAAUUCGUCAAUCCUUCAUUCACAACCACAUUUAACCAGAGAGUAGAGAUAAUCGUGCCUCCAUAUGACAUUAUGUUAAUGUUUAUAACGUUAUGGUGCAAGUUGGGAUGCUUUUACUUUGUAUCUUUGUUAUGUACUAAGAUUUAGGGUAUCAAAAUUAUUCAUGCAUGUUAGGAUUAAUGUGUUAAGGCAAAUAACAAUUAUUUUUCUUGGUUAUUGGUACAAUUUUUGGUGUGGUUGACUAAACAAAUUAUUCAUUUUUCUUUGAGUGUUGUCUAUCUGGACCAGACCGGACCGAACCAGACCGCACAGGCUUGGUCUGGACCAGACCGUAUAGUCUGUGGUCUAUACUUCAGCCUCUCGGUCUGGAACAUAGACUGUAUAUAUGGUGUGGUCUGGAUCAGACCGCACCGUUUCCCAGCCCUAAUCUAUAGAGCCUGUUUUUACCCUAUUGCUACCAAGUUUCUCAAUUAUGUUAGACAGAUUAGGAACUUAGUUCUGAAUUCAACAAAUAAGAAGAGUAAGUGAUAUUAUGUGGUAGAAAUAAAAAAGGAGUAGUGAUCAGAAGAGUAAUUCAAGUUUUUAUAUGGGAAAAUUGUUUUGAUUUUUUCCCCUUUUUUCCUGACCAGAAAUCGAUCAACCUCCCAUAUGACCUCGUCUUACAUACAUACACCUUGUUUUGAUGGCCGAAAGUGACAACCAUUUCUCACGUCGAUGUCAAAACUGCUCCCAUUUCCUGGUGACCUUAUUAGUAUAUAGUCUAGUGUUAAUAAUCAAUUGGAUUAAGUAGCUUUCUCAAUUAACCCCUUUCUUGACUUACCUAACACUCCAGUGCUCCCUUAGAAUUCUUGGUAACCCUGUAGAACCAAUCAUCUUAUUUCGAGACAAAUAACUUAUUUCUUUAAUGAUAGUGACAAUCUAAGUUAUUAGGACGAACAUUCUUAAUUUUCUUUUAUGAACAUCAGGACGAAUAUUCAACAACAACAAUAUGAUUACACAAACUUUCAUAUUGAGGAUGUAUGUAUGAAGAUGUGGUAAUUAUAAGUUAGUGUUGAUCCUCAUUCGACAAAUCCAAUAUCUAACAAUCUGAGUAAGGAAAUCUAAAUCAACAAGAGAAAUUGUUGUGACCACAAUUAUAAAAUCUCAGAAUUCUCAUUCCAUCUCCUCGCGGAAAAUGGAUUUCAUCUUCUUCUAUUUUCCCACCCUUUAAAAGACUAGAGGCAGAUACAAAAUUUUCAUACUUUUUGUAAUCACAAGCCAUCAUCCAAAUGAGCUAUAAUAGAAAUAUAUAUGUUAUAAUGUUUAACCUGUUUCUUGUCGAGAACUAGUUGAUCCCAAUUAAAUCUUCAAAUCGUUGAAAGAGGUUUCAUAAUGGAUCUUUAUCAUUCUCUUAUAUCAUUUGCUUACACUCAAUCAAACGUAAACCAACCCACAAGAUUUAAGUUUGCAUAUAACCUUCAUAUUUUUUGCUUAAAUCAGCUGUUGAUAUAUAUUGAGAGUGGUGGGGAUUGUAGUAUAAUAAUUCUUGGUUAUCACAAACUCUUCCACCAUGUCAAGAAUCGGUUAGUCCUAGUAACUCAAAGUAUUAAAAAUAUUACAAAAUAAACCUUAUAUAAUUCUUUUACACUUCUCACUAGACACAUUCCUUUUUAUUUCUCAUCAAGUUUGAUUAACCUAAUUACCCUCCAUACAUAUACCAUAUCCAAUUUUGCUAAAAAUGCUCACAACUGCUCUGUGAGAAUGUGUUCACAUACGUACAGAGUCGUCAAAUUGAGAGCGAACAAUUGAAAAUCGUUGAACGAAGACAGUGAUAACUUUCUAAACAAUUUGUCACUCCGUCCAUCCAACCGUCUCGCCAACUGCCCACACUCAAUCCAACGAUUCGAAAAACAUGUGAGCAUUGUAGUCGGAUUGUAGCAGAUCCAGAGCUCGACCAUGACCACUCUAUUAACCUGCCUUUUUUUUUUUAUUUAAUUCUUCUUGUGAAAGAUAUUAACACAGCCAAUUACUAUUUGGCAUUUGGCAAAGAGGAGAAGAACCUGAAAAAAGGCGGGACAGAGAGACAAGAAGACGAAAGAGGGUGUGGUGACGUGGCCGCAAGCAACGGCCAAGAUUCGCUCCCAUGUCCCCUUUCCUCUCUCUCUCCCCCCUUUAUUUUAUUAUUAAUAUUCCUUUUUCUUCAUUUCUUUCGUCCUUUUUUCUUUUUAUUUAAUUUCCUUUUGCUGCGCCUUCCACACAUCACCGCCAUUAUUAUUCAUUGUCCUCUCUCUGCAACUCACCCACUCUUCUUCUUCUUCCUCUUCCCCUUCUCCACAACUAUAAAACAAAAGAAAGGGAAGCUAAUUGAGAUGAUGCAGCUGGGGAAGCGGCCGCGGCCUGAUAUGGCGAUGAGGAGAACCACCAGCAUGACCGGCAUCACCGUCGUCGUCGAUUCUCCGCCACCGAUCAACGGCGGCGGCCCACACAACGCCGUCGAUCUUUCGUCGACGGUGGAGAAUCAUUACUUAGCCAGCAUGGUUUCUCCCAGGAAUAAUCAUAAUCAUAAUCAUCCCCAGCACCACAAACUGAGAAGCGUGUCGAUGGAAUCUCAUUUCUUGAGGACCUGCGGUCUCUGCCAACGCCGCCUCGCUCCCUCCAACGACAUCUACAUGUACAGGGGAGAUACGGCGUUCUGUAGUCUAGAGUGCAGAGAGGAGCAGAUGAAGAAGGAUGCGAGGAAGGAGAAGUAUCAACAGCGCAGCAAACUAGCCGCGGUUACUAAUUCGUCUGGUAUUAACAGAGACGAUAUUAUCAUGAUUGGUGGCGCUCAUCAUCCUACUUCAUCUCCGGUUCCCACUUCUACAUCGUAGCUAGGUCGCCUCUCGGGAAGUCAUCAUCUGUCUCUCUGUCCUCUAAUGGACAUCGCGCGGUCGAGUUUAUAAUAUAAUACUUUUACUCGAUCGAACGAUCGUUCUUGUUUCGAGGAUCGAAUCUGUUGAGUCGUGAGAGCGAGAAUGAGACUGUGAGCUCGAAGAGCGGAAAAAAAAAUUUCCAAAAAAAAAAAAAGUUAUGCAGGGUUAUAAGAAAGAAACCAAAUCUGAAUCCCUUGUUUUCGAUGUUAAACUGAUCAUGUGAUGCCUCUUAUCUGUAUUUUGCCUUCUCCUAGAGUUUUCUUAAGAGGGUUUUGUGACGAGAUUGAAGGGGGAAAAAGGGGUGAGAGGAAGAGUUUAUGAAUGUCAACUAAGAUUGUAUGAAUAUGUAUGGGAAGUUUGUAGAUCUUGCAAGUGUAUGAAGGUUUCUCAGCCUUUGAGACCAAAUGUAUUUUGGAAUGAAUGGAUGGAGAUUGGCGAAAUGACGAGAAAUUUGAGUAUCUCUUUCGAGAUAAUAUCGUAGGAUGAAUAUGUCGAUUUGUUCAUAUGCUUUUGGUAUGCAACACUUUUUUAUACCAUCAAUAGCUUUUAGUUAUUUCUAUGAAAUUUUGGUUACUUUUUCUUUGUGGGGUUUUUUUUUCGUCUGAAAAUCAAAUGUGUUUUUUUUCUUCUUCUUCUUUUUGCAUUCCUCCUUUUGCCACUUGACGUGAGGGCAUCUUUCUUCCUCUUUCUUUGUUGAUCUUUAUUUCUAGUUGACCUAUGAAAAUUUUAUCAUCGCGCGUGUUACAAUUAAUAUCAUUGUCACCCGUCGGAUCCCUUUUUUUUCUAUUUCUUGUAUGGUUCCAAUCGUUGAAACAACAUGUUUACGAGUUGGCACUAUUGUGUCAAUCAAAUAUCGAGAGAGCCUAUAAGGGAUAGUUUCUACGGAACAUCAACAUAUAAUGAUCAUUCCCGAGUUGGAACGCUAGCGUAGUUUUAUCGACAGUUGUUAUUUGCUUCAUUUAUGAAAAAAAAAACUAGAACUAAAAGAGUAAUUUCCCCCUUUUUUUGUGAACAUAUAUGAAAACGAUUGAAUUGAAGUACAGGAACUACCAUCUGAAUUAACUACAUUACUACUACAGAACAAUGACAUUAUAAAUAUUUGAUAAAUAUUCACAUCAAAUUCACAUUUAUUAAAUAUAGCUCAUUGAGUGGGAGAAUCCAGUAGCUUGGAUCUGGUGUCCCUUAGCUUGAGGGACUUUGUCUGUAAGCAUGCACUCAGCUAUACCUUCACAGUACCACUUUUCAUUGCAACCAGCAGCUGUCAGAGGAAUCUUUCGCCAUAAUUUCACUUAACAGUUAAUACAAAUGGUGAUCCUUAAUUAAGUUAAUUGAGAAUCUCACACAUGUACUCCUGGCCUUUUUCUCUUUUUGAGGUGUUCAUUAGUAGGAUACUUAUAAGAUCUCAAUGCCAUUCUCAAGGGCUGUCUACUAUGGUGAAUUCGUCAAAUGAUAUAAGAUACAUGAUUAGUUAGAGUAACAUCUAUAAUUUUUUUUAAUAUUAAUAUUAGAUUUUCUAAGUUUGGUUAAAAGUUAUGUGGAAAAUGCACAUGUUAUGAUUUAUGUCAAACCGUUUGAUCGUUUCUACGUAGUUGUUUGUAGUGUGUGCGCAAUGUAACGUUGGUGAUAUAUAUUAGAGUCAAAACGACAUCAAAAUGUAAGCUCAAUACUUUUUUUUCCUUCUUCUUCUUCCUUUUAGACCUGAGUUGACUCCUCUUACAUAUUUUCUUAUGUUAGUCACGUUUCCCUCUAUCGUGUCCAAUUAAGUUGCCUCUUUUCUUUUCUUUCUCAUCAUUAGAAAGAUCCCCUCCUUACGCUGUAACGAUCACUCACAGUGAUCAUACGCCGAGAAUCUUUGUUUCUCAUGAGCGCACAGAGAAUACACCCGUGUGAAUUUU